CCCAGGCAUCCUGGAAUAUGGCAGGGGAAUUUCCCGUGGAUCUCCGGACCUGGCGGAAAAAUGAGAUCCAGGACAAGUGCCCCCCCUCUAAGGGGGACCCACCUUUGACUCCCUCUGGCCAGCAGAUGCCUGGCAUUUCUUCGGGACCGGCGGUGCUGCCGGAACUCAUGGACAAAGACACAUCUCCUCUGUGUCAGCCUGAUCCCCGACCAAGGACACAAGGUGCAGUGUCACCCAAGGGUGGGCUGCAGGGAGAAAAGAAGGCCGAGACGUAUUUACCUCUGAGAAAGCGCCGCUAUGCUGUGGAGGGGGCAAACGGGGACACGCAGGGGCCGCUGGCUGGCAAGGUCCCCAAGACCGAGAGUGGCAAGGAGGGAAGUGGGUCAUGGCAACCCCACUGCAAUGGCUACCACUCUCGUUAUAUCUCGGUGACCUAUCCCAGGGUGCCGGUGGCAUAUUAUCCAGGUCUGGCCAGCCCCUUCCUGAGCCCAGAUCUCCCUCCACUGUUGCAACCCUUGGCCACGCCUUCGCUGCUGGGAAUCCUGCCCCCUUACGCCUUGCUCCCCCCGGCAGAAGCCCAGCUGGCUUUGGACAUUGCCACAGCAACGCGGCCAGAUGAGGAUGGAGACACGCCGCUCCACAUCGCCGUAGCUCAGGGGAACCUGCUGGCCGCUCAGCAUUUAGUGGUGCUUUUCCAGCACGGACGGCGGGAGCUGGAUACCUUCAACAACCUUCGGCAAACCCCUUUACACUUGGCAGUGAUCACAGCUCAACCAUCCCUUGUGAAACUCCUGCUGUCCCACAGAGCAUCACCCAUGGUGCUGGACCGGAAUGGACAAACUGCCCUGCAUCUGGCUUGUGAGCAUGGCAGCCACCGUUGCCUGCAGGAGUUGUUGGAUGGAAGCCCCACCCCACUGGAUCUUGAAGCCCGGAAUUUCGAGGGCUUUACCCCACUGCAUCUAGCUGUUGGAGCCUCUAGCCGUGACAUAGUUCUUGCUCUGCUGGAUCAUGGGGCAGAUGUGGAUGCUGUGGACAUAAAGAGUGGCCGAUCUCCACUACUUCAUGCUGUGGAGAACAACAAUUUGGAUAGGGUGGAGUUGCUACUACAGCACGGUGCCAACAUAAAUGCUCAAUCCUACGGGGGCAAUACAGCACUCCACGCAGCUAGCGGAAGGGGCCUCUUGGACAUGCUGCGGCUUCUGGUGCGGAAUGGGGCGGAUGGCAGCCUGAAGAACUACCACAAUGACACUGCCUUGAUGGUGGCAAAGAACAAGAGGGCGAUCGACAUCCUAAGAGGAAAAGCUGCUCGGCCUGUCCCACAACCUGAAAACAGCCAUGAUGGAUCAUCCCCCACGAUCAGCACCACUAGCUCUCCUGGCAGUCGGGCCCAUUCCUACUUGCUGCAUGCUUCACCGGAAUCCUGCCCCACCAUUCCCAGCCCUGAUCAGACCCUGAAGCCUCACAGAGCAGGGCAGUCUCCCAACUCAGCCAGUCUGAGACCAGAAAGCAUUAUCUCGACUAAUGGAUCUUCAGCAUCUGCCCCACUGCCUGGAGGGGAGUUGGAGAGGAGCUCAAAUCCAUCCACACUAGAGCAGCCAGUGGGGUUUCCAAGGCCCCCGAAGGUCCUCCUGCAAGAGAACAUGACUGAUCCUGCCUUCCACACUGCUCUGUAUCCUUUUGCUCCUUCCAGCCACCACCUCUCAUCCCAUCAUCUCCAGUUGCUUCCACUUGGCCUGAACCAUCCUGUCAUGUCCCUGCCCUCAGUGCCCCUGGCCAGUCGGAUUCCCCUGAGGUGCACAGGGAUGGACCAAUCACAGAUGCCGUUGGAGUCCCAGGGUCCAGCAGUUCUUGGCUGCGAAGGGCAGUGGCUCCAUGGCAGUGACAGUGUGCCUGGUGGCAGCUGACAAGAGGAAGUGUGGAAGCUUUCAGCUGCUUUCUGGAACAGGAAGAUUUCCCAAGGACCAUUUCACAAGGCAGCGAAUGAGGUGGAGUGUCAAGAGCUUUGGUACUGUGGAUUUCCAGCCUGAAAUGUGUACAUGUUUGCUAUGGACCAAAGGCUACCACCUCUUCAAGUUGACAUGUAGCAUAAGACAGUCAGCCUGAGAUGACACUUCAGACACUGUUGAACCAACACUGGUCUGCUCGAUCCACCAACAGCGCCUUCCCUGCCAAUCUCUUUGAAUGUACCUCACACUGCCACCUUAGCAGACUCUGGGCUGGACCAAUUAUUUUUGUGAGUGUCCCAGGGCCAUUUUUCAGGAAAAGGUAGAGCAGCUGUGAAAUGCAAAAUCCAGCACCAUUCUGCUGCCUUCGUGUUGCAGCAGAGCAGGCUGCACACUCCUCUCGGCCGAGGGCCAUACUUGACUUUUGAUGACAUGCGGGAGGCAUUGCUUUAGUGGGGUAAAACUAAAAUUUAAUUGAAUGUGUUAUUUGUAUUUAAUAGGCAUUAAAUUAAUUGAAUGCA